AACACAAUCCGGCGCUCUAGCCAAUUGAGCUAACCGGUAGUUCACUUGAGCAGCUUGAACAAACUCCUUUAAGCAGCUACAUAGUUUUUGGAAAUUUUUAUCACCAUUGAUAACUUUUCAUUUCUUGUGCUUCUUGACGUAUCGCACUGCAUUGUACUGGUGGCUAGCUCACAUUGUGUCCAUGGCAAUUUAAAUUCCGAGUAAAUAUUGGCAAAGGGCGAUUAUAUUUAGGUUAAACAAUAUUGAGGGUGGUUAUCUUUUUGGAACUGUUGGAAACAGGUAGUUACAUUUUCCCAAUUGACAUAAUUGAAAAUUGCCAAAACCAUUCUAUUGUUACUCUGUAUUUGGCCCUUUAGCUGAAAAAAUGUGUAAAAACAAGUUGUACUUUGAAAGCAAUCGAGUUUUCGGAUGGAUUCUGGCCAAUAAGUUAAUAUAAUACUGUUAAUAAAAUUUAUUCACUUUUCACUCGAACAAUAUUUUCUGGCAAUGGAGAAUAAAUUGUACAGUGUAAUUUUCUGCUGACGGAGCAAUGGUGAAAACUCCUUUAGUCAUUCUUUCGGAAUUUUCUGGUUUUCUAUCGAAAACUAUGUAAACAUUAUGAACGGCUUGACAUAAUAACCACAAAGUGUGCGUAUUGUUUGGUGUUUCGCGAGGUGUAUCCAAGCACAUCCAAGCCUUAUUUGAAUUGGAAAUUAGGCCUUCGAUGAGUACAUAUACUGAAUAAACAAUGAAAACACAUCCGUUUAGUUUCCUUUCGUAGUCCAGAGAGGUGUUGAUUUAAAGGUAACGCAACAUACGAAGUAAAGUUUGAUUUGUGAAUACCGAUGGAAACCGAAAUAUUAAGGUUCUGAAAUUCGUAUUUGGUUCAAAGUACAGAUGGAGUAUUAAUAUUUCUACGGCGCAUAUGGCUGAAGAAACAUUUAACGAUCCAGAGGACAACGGACAUGCAUUUGAGUCUUUCCCACCGACUGAGGAUAUUGAUAUUCACGCUCCGAUCGUUGGCUAUGAGGUGGUGGAAGCCAGAAAAAGAUUCACAGUUUACCAGAUCUUUGUCCAACUUGGAGGCGAACGAAAUUGGCAUGUUUUCCGCAGAUAUUCCGAUUUUGUCCGUAUGGACGAAGCAUUAAGAAAGUUAUUCAGCGAUUUUCAUGCUGUCCUUCCGCCUAAAAAAUAUUUGGGAGAUAAUUUUGACCCUUCUUUUAUAGAAAUGAGAAAACAAGGUUUACAAGAGUACAUCGAUAAUUUGUUAAUAAGACAGGAAGUUAUUACCUCACAACCAGCGGCGGAGUUCUUCUGCUUCGACGAUCCACCAGGACCUUACGACAGCCUUGAAGAAAGCCGAGCAUUCAUUGAAACGUUGGAAGACACGGUAACCGAUAUGAGAACAAGGCAAAACGAACUGCAAUCGGAGAUUAAGCUGGUCAAGUCACAGCUUCGCCAGUCUCAGGCUCAAAAACAAGCAUUGUUAAUUGCUUUGCGCUCUGAACGCGUAUUGAACGGAAAGCCAGCACAUGAUAACGACGAUGCACAACUGUUGUCGGAAUAUUCACAGCUGCCGGAGGUGGCACAACUUGACUUUAAACUUUUCACCAGGAGCAGUGCAAGGGUUAACGGAGAACACUCUAGGCAGCAAACGAAUCGUUUGAGAUCAAGCCGGUUUCCAACUUCGACAGCAGCAAGUCAGUGGGACAUUCGAGUUGAAACCACCGAAGGGUUGGCAAAGCGAACAUCGACAUUUGCGGGCAGGCGAACCCAAUCUACAUCAGAUUUGACGCAUUCAAAAAAUUACAGAAAGCGAAACUUGUCACAUUUGCCUUCGAAAUCAGGCAGUCGUGGCAAUGUGACUUUGUUGGACAAAUUCAUGACACAAAGCACCGAGGCGUUGCAGUUUAUAAGGGACAGCGUUCGACAAAAAUUAGGGCCAAUGGAGAACAACGAAUCUACUGCUACAACUAACGACUAGACCGAGAGGAAUGCUAUAUUCAAUCUGUGCUAAGAUUACUAUACUUUUUGCAACAAAGCGAAAAAAAAAAGAUACGGGAACUUCUUGUCAAUCAUUAUUUGAGGAAUUUAACGAAAAAGCAUCCUCAUGGAACAGCCAAUAAAAUAAUUGCAGACAUCCGCUUACAGCUUACAUAAUUUCAUAGAACAUAACAAAAUGUUAACAUGACAGUGAAGAAGAAACCGCAGAAGUUAUUUUAAGACACGGAUAUUUAAAUAUCAAAAAUGUUUUAAAGAGAUAAAUUAUAUUUAUUUUCAGGAUUACAAUAUUGAAAGUUCUACCUAGUUCAGAACGGUCCCUGAAAGUGGCUUUUUUAUGUAAAUAAUAGAUUCUAUUGUGACCACAGCUUCCACAAAUCAUAACCCCAGUACCUAACAAAAAGAAACUAAAUAUUCACCAAUUCAAAGAGUCAGCUAAUAGAGAAAUCAAUAGACGUAGAAGAAAAUUCGAGAUGACUACGUAAUGACGAUUUUGUUUACUAAUAUUUUCUCUAAGGUAUUUUAUGUUAAUGAAGACAGGAGCCGCCUUAAGGUAAAAUAAAAUUUUCAGAUAGACUACAAGCCAUUGCGUAGGGCCUGUAUAAAAGGAUAAUCUUGCGAACAAAUACAGUUGCCUGUCCACAACU